AUGCUGUUUAGAAGUUUGAGAAAUUCUAGGUGUCUCACAAUUCGAAUCUCUAAAACAACCAAACACCUGCUGAGUAUCAAUUCUAAGAUGAAUAAUCCAUAUACGUCUAAACAUGUACCAGGAGUAAUUCCCGACAUCCAACUCGAUAAGACCGAAUCCCAAGUGGUUAAUCUAUUGAAGUCUUACACACAAGCUCAUAACUCCCAGACCGAAGAUCCUAACGAUAGGAUCACUUUGAGAAUCACCGGUGGUUGGGUCCGAGAUAAAUUACUAAAUCAACCAAGUCAUGAUAUUGAUAUUGGUAUCGAUAAUUGUUCUGGGGAAUCAUUUGUUAAUGGACUAAAGCAAUGGCUAGAUGCAAAAAGUGAUGUGGACGGUAGACGUGGUGAUGACGGAGAUGCCGAGAAAAUCAAUAGUAUCCAUAAAAUCAAGAAGAAUCCCGAUAAAUCAAAACAUUUGGAGACAUGCACUACCAAGUUGUUUGGGUUAGAUAUUGAUUUUGUCAACCUCAGAAGUGAAUUAUACACCGAAGAUUCACGCAUUCCAACUAUUACCACGGGGACGCCAGAUGAGGAUGCACACAGACGUGAUGCGACACUAAAUGCACUAUUUUUCAACCUUGAGACUAUGAAGGUUGAAGAUUACACAAAGAAGGGCCUGGAAGAUUUAAGCAAAGGAAUCUUACGGACACCGCUAGAGCCAACCAAAACUUUUCUUGAUGAUCCGUUGAGAUGCUUGAGGUUGAUUCGUUUUGCGUCCAAUUACGGCUUUAAAAUAGAGCAAGCUACCUUGGACGCGAUGAAGAGAGACGACAUUCACAAGGCAUUAGAGACCAAGAUUAGUCGAGAGAGGAUCGGUGUUGAAGUUAAAAAGAUGUUGGUCAAUAAAAGGUGGGUUUAUGGAACUUUGGAUGCUUUAGCAUUGAUUAGGGAAGUCAAUUUUCCUAAUGUCUUUGGUUUGGGUGAUACAAAGGUACCAGACGAAUGGCUUUCAAACAAUAAAAAGCGUCUAAUCAGUGAUAUUUCACAAAACAUUGAUAGUCUAAAUAAAUAUCUUAUUGAUAUUAUCGAUUCUAACAUUAUGAAUUUUUCCAAAGUGAUAGACAUUCAGGACAGUAGCGACAACGAUAAAAUACUAUUCUAUUCAUCGAUCAUUUUGAACCAUUGGAGAGACAUGAAAGUGAAGGUUGGUAAAAGAGACAACUAUGUUUCAUUUUUUUGUGUUUUGAAUGGCAUCAAGAUGCCAUUGAAACUAGCCGAUAACGUUGCCCUAGUUACCAGUCAAAUUGAAAGAAUUAGAACAGAUGUUGGCGGUAUUCGGGGGUUUACUAGAAGUGAGAUAGCCAGGCGGUUUGUUCUACCGUUCCAAGAUAAAUGGGAGAUCAACCUACUCAUAAAUUCAUGUUUGGAGUGUUUUGAGGCACCGGACCAAUCAACCACAAUAUUGAACCGGUACGAAGGUGUCAUCAAGACUGUUUAUGAUUUAAAGUUAGAGGAAUCGUUCAAGGAGCAAAUUUUGCUAAACGGUAAGGAGUUGAUGAAGAUCAUCAACAAGAAACCUGGGCCAUGGCUGAAGCCGCUAAAUGAGCGGCUAUUCCAAUGGCAACUGGACCAUCCUGGCGCUACGAGGGAAGACAUGGUUGGUUAUCUGUCAACUAUCUCAAUAGAAUGA